CUGGCGGGGCGGGGCCCGCGGCCGGGCCGGAAGCGGGGCGGGGCGGGAAGCGGCGGCGGUUCCGGUGGCGGUUCCGGUGGCGGCGGCGGUGGCGGCGGCGGUAGCGGCGAUGAGUUUCGCGUGGCCCUGGCAGUACAGCUUCCCGCCCUUCUUCACGCUGCAGCCCAACGGCGAGACGCGGCAGAAGCAGCUCUCGGCCUGGUGCGCGCUGGCGCUCGCCUACAGCCAGCAGCACCGGCUGCCCGCCAUGACCGUACGGGAGGCUCAGGACAUUCCGCUCUUCGCCAACCACCGCCUCCAGCGGAAGCUGCCGCUGGAAUCCAUCCAGGUGGUGCUGGAGGAGCUCCGCAAGAACGGGAACCUGGAAUGGUUGGAUAAGAACAAAACCAGCUUUCUGAUCAUGUGGAAGAGACCAGAAGAAUGGGGAAAGCUCAUCUAUCAAUGGGUGUCAAGGAAUGGCCUGACCAACUCUGUGUUCACACUGUACGAACUGGCCAGCGGGGAUGAUACAGAGAAUGAAGAGUUUCACGGCUUGGAUGAGGCCACGCUGCUCCGAGCCCUGCAGGCCUUGCAGCAGGAGCACAAGGCUGAAAUUAUCACGCUGGACGACGGCCGAGGCGUCAAAUUCUUCUGACAGGAACCUCCUCCCCUUCCCCGCUGCAGUCUCGGGUCCUGCUGCCAAGUGUUGCUCUCUGGGCCUGGCUUCAAACUGUGACUGCAAGUAGCUGCAUCUUGGGAUUCCUUGGGGCAAGAUGAGUCUGCAAACCCUUCCAAAGACUUAGGAACAUCCCGAGAGCCUCUGUCUGUCUGUUCUCCCUGUUGAUGUGUUUGAGAGGCUGAAGCUGCUCUGGGCAGUUCUGGAGGGACCACCCAGAAGUGGAAGUGGGCUGCUGCUGGUCCCCGUUCCUGUGAUGGCCUCAGGGCAGUCCCAGUGGUCAAGCUUGGCCUCAAAGGACCCCCCUGCCAGGCUCCUGCAGUCCUGCUGCAGUGCCAGGGGGUGAGGCAGGAGCUGGACACUGGCUGUUGUUGCUGUGGAAGCCCUCAGUGGCAGAAGGAAAUGCACUUGCUGCCAAGCAGGCUGGGGGAAGCCAGGGAACUAAUUUCAGGUGAUUAAAGUGAGAUGUAUUUAUAGAGCA